CACCACUCCGUGACUGUGCGCACCCAAUUCCAAAUCUACUCAUCUUUAAGCUAAGCAGCUAACCAUGUCCUGCUGCUCGUGUUCCGUCCCGAUCGCCCCUCCCACUCCCACGACGCUACCCCCUCUCCGCCGCCGUUGCCGCGCGGCCGCCCUCACCCUCCCCACCACCGCCCGAGCACACCGCACCGCGGCCGCCCGCGCGGCCCUUUCCGACCCCUUCGUCCUUGAGAUCGCCGAAAAGUUCGAGGACUCCCUCUCCUCCUCUGAUGCCGCCGCCUCUCCUCUCCCUCUUCAGAAGCUGCGCGAUUCCGCCUCUCAGUCCCUCCUAUCCAAGCGCUGGCCCUCCACCAAAGACGAGCCCUUCCGCUUCACCAACCUCUCCUUCCUCAGGAGCUCCCUUCUCCUCCCCGCCCCCUCCCCGACCUUUCCCCUCGAUCCUGCCCUCGAUUCCCCCUCCCCUCACGUCCUCGCCAUCGUCGAUGGCCACGUCGCCCCCUCCCUCUCCCGCCUUUCCGCCCUCCCCUCCGGCGUCUUCGCUGGCAGCGUCUCCGCCCUCCCGCCCGGCCCCACCCUCGAUCGGGUGCUCACCGCCCUUGCCCAAGGGUUCGGAGAUGGGGACCUGUUCUGGGAUUUGAACGGGGUUGGCGCCCCCGAUAUGGCGGUGAUCUUUGUGCCUGCCGGGGUUCGGGUCGUCGAUGAGCCGGUUCACGUGCAAAUAUGCUAUUCCGAGGGGGGCGAGGUCGGGUCGGAGCGGCUUCCCGUUUCGAGCCCGAGGGUCUUGGUUGUGGUUGAGAAGGGAGCAGAGGUCUCAUUCGUGGAGGAGCACAUGGGGAUCGGGGGUAGUGAGGAGAGGUGCUACUGGGCCAACUCCGUGAUGGAGAUUCUGAUCGGCGAGGGCGGAAAAGUGGUGCACUCCUAUGUGCAGAGGCAAUCGGUGAAUGCUGCCCACAUCAAGUGGACAUUUGCUCGGCAGGAGACAUCCAGUGUUUAUGAGCUCAUCGAGGUCAGUAAUGGUGGAAGAUUGAGCAGACACAAUCUCCAUAUUCAGCAGUUAGGCCCUGAUACUGUCACCGAGCUAUCAGCAUUUCAUGUAUGUCAAAAUAACCAGACACAAGAUUUGCACAGCACGUUGAUCUUGGAUCACCCUAGAGGGUAUUCUCGUCAGCUUCACAAGUGCAUUGUAUCCCAUUCCUCAGGACACGCUGUAUUUGAUGGAAACAUCAGGGUCAACAGAUUCGCACAGCAGACUGAUGCUGGGCAGCUGACGAGAACACUUCUGUUGGCACCUCGUGCUACAGCCAAUGUAAAACCUAACUUGCAAAUCAUUGCUGAUGAUGUCAAAUGCUCCCAUGGGGCUGCCAUCAGUGACCUUGAAGAAGACCAGCUCUUCUACUUCCAGGCCAGAGGCAUCGACUUAAAGACAGCAAGAGAAGCACUUGUCUUCUCCUUUGGAUCAGAAGUGAUAUCGCGCAUUCCAUUUGAACCCAUAAGGAAGAGCGUAACUAGUCAAUUGAAGCAUUUGCUAGCAACUCAAUGAUCAAAUGGCUCGAUGGGCUGAUCCUGCCCUGCCGCUUGAAAUCCAGUUAUUUUCAGCAUUGGUGCAUGACGGAGCCAAUGGUGUGAUCAGUUUGGUUGAUAUGGCGGAGCUGUUGUCAUAUUCGAAAAUAUUUUUCUUUUUCGUUUUCCUGCUUUUGUAAUUUUCCAAGUUACAACAGAGAAAGGAAAUCGAGUGUCAUGCUAGACGAAUGCAAAGCGGAACAUUAGUUACUACUGUUCUCGGUACAUGUUAUUCCCCUAAAGUGUUGUAUUAAUUUGACUUCGUUAUCCUCGGCACUAUGGUGCAUGUUACAAUCUGCAAAGUAUUUUUAACAAAUUGGUGAAAUAUUGUUGAUUA